AUGAAUGCCGCGGAUAUCGGCCGCUGCAGCAAACGCAUCGUGCAGUAUAUCUGGGAUCCCGAACCUAGGAACGACAGAGAACCACACGAACCUAUCUGGUGUUUGGGGGUAAAGUACCUUCCUGCCGAGGGGCCAGAAGCUUCACAGACCAAGACCCGCACAUCGGAGUAUACUUGGCCAGAGACCUUCAUCUCAGACUUUGAGUCAAGGAUCUGGAUGACCUAUCGAUCAAACUUCACACCAAUACCCAGAACCGAUGGCCACGACGCCAAUACAUCCAUGACACUAAGCGUCCGACUACGAAGUCAGUUGUUGGACACGCAAGGUUUUACAUCAGAUACCGGAUGGGGCUGUAUGAUAAGAUCAGGCCAAAGCCUACUGAUCAAUGCGAUGGCCUUUCUGCUACUCGGGCGGGACUGGCGUCGCGGACAGAGACAGAAUGAUGAAGCCAGCCUGCUAUCACUCUUUGCAGACACUCCCAGUGCCCCCUUCUCGAUCCACCGUUUUGUACAGCAUGGUGCACAGUCAUGCGGCAAAUUCCCAGGAGAGUGGUUUGGGCCAUCCGCAACCGCCAGAUGUAUUGAGGCGCUCUCCACUUCGUGGCAAGAACCAGCACUCAACGUAUAUGUCACAAAUGAUACAGGGGAGGUUUAUCGAGAUAGAUUCCUGGAAAUCGCACGUAGCGGGACAGAUGUGAUUCAACCAACGCUCAUACUUGUCGGAAUAAGACUGGGCAUCGAUCGCGUGACACCGGCAUACUGGAAUGGCCUUAAGGCCGCGUUACAACUCCCCCAGUCGGUCGGUAUAGCAGGGGGACGUCCUUCGGCUUCGCAUUAUUUUGUAGGCCACCAGGGUUCGCAUUUGUUCUAUCUCGACCCCCACUUAACCCGCCCAGCGCUUCCAGAUCGUGACACCGGGCAGUCAUACUCGAAAGAUGAGAUUGACACUUACCACACGCGACGACUGCGGAGGAUUCACAUGCGGGAUAUGGAUCCAAGUAUGCUUAUAGGGUUUCUCAUCCGAAAUGAAGCAGACUGGCAGGACUGGGAGGGUCGGUUGAAAUCGGCAGAAGGCAGAGCGAUCAUCCAUGUCAUCGAUGAGAUGGAUACAUCAAACAUGGGGCGAGAUGCUCUGGACGAAGUUGAGGUAUUGGACGAUACAGAAUAG